AUGGCUGCUGUUCCUCCCAACACCAUCUACCCCCAGAGCCAUGUCGGUUUCGACAGCAUCACCUCCCAGAUCGAGCGCAAGCUCUUGAAGCGUGGUUUCCAGUUCAACGUCAUCUGCGUUGGCCAGACUGGUAUGGGCAAGUCAACCCUCAUCAACACCAUCUUCGCGUCCCACCUCAUCGACUCCAAGGGUCGCUUCCAGCCCGAUGAGCCCAUCCGCUCCACCACCGAGAUCCAGGCCGUCUCUCACGUUAUCGAGGAGAAUGGCGUUCGAUUGAGACUCAACAUUGUCGAUACCCCUGGCUACGGCGACCUUGUCAACAACGACCGCUGCUGGGAUCCCAUCGUCAAGUACAUCAAGGAUCAGCACUCCGCGUACUUGCGCAAGGAGCUCACUGCACAGCGAGAGCGCUACAUCCAGGACACCCGCAUCCACUGCUGUCUCUUCUUCAUUCAGCCCUCGGGUCACUCCCUGAAGCCCAUCGACAUUGUUGUUCUGAAGAAGCUUUCGGACGUUGUCAACGUCGUUCCCGUCAUUGCCAAGGCCGACUCCCUGACCGUUGAGGAGCGUCAGGAGUUCAAGGAGCGCAUCAAGGAGGAGUUUGCUUUCCACAACCUCAAGAUGUACCCCUAUGACAACGAUGAGUUUGACGAUGAGGAGCGCGCCCUGAACACCCAGAUGAAGGACCUCGUCCCCUUUGCCGUCGUCGGAUCCGAGAAGUCGAUCAUUGUCAACGGCCAGCAGGUCCGUGGCCGCCAGAACCGAUGGGGUGUGAUCAACGUCGAGGAUGAGACUCACUGCGAAUUCGUGCACCUGCGAAACUUCCUCCUCCGAACCCACCUCCAGGACCUCAUCGAGACCACGUCCCAGAUCCACUACGAGACCUUCCGUGCCAAGCAACUGCUGGCCCUGAAGGAGAGCAGCGCACACGGUGGUGCCAGCAGCCGACCCAUCAGCCCUGCCGCCGACCGCGAGCUGAGCCGCAACUCGCAACGGAUGACGAUGAACGGCUACUAAGUCGACGACGUUUGUGCUUAAACUUGUGUUGGCGAGGGAGCAACGGCGUCUCUGGGCAGCUAGAUAGCCCGCAUUUGUUACGACUCUCGACAUAUUUCACGGCCUCAUGUACAGCAAACCCAAAAGUAGUUGCUUUGUCGGGGGGUUACGGCGGUCACAUAUACUGUGAUUAACCGACAAAAGGCCUUUUUACAUCGUUUCGAUGACGUUGACAGGCGAGCACGGGAUGAGAGCAGGACACUUGGGGGCGUUUGCUAAUGCUUGAGUGCCGACGGGAUUGUCGGUUCUAAUAUGGCUAAGUCUCAGGAGGUGGUUCUGCCGGCUCAGUCCAUGUCGAAGCUGUACGCGACAUUUUUUUCAUUUUCGUUCAGUGUUACCCCGAGCUAUCUUGGCCUUUUUUAUGUUUUAAUCAGACCGGUUACCCCAUACUCUAUUAUAGAGUUAGUUUCGUUGCCUAGGUACAUAGUGUAGUGUAUCAAUUCCCACUGGAGUUUUUGAC